AUGUCGUACCUUCAGCAGCAACUCAAAAGCUUCAACACCAGCGUGAUGGAGUCGGCGAACCGCAUGCCGCAGCAGCGACGUGUAGCCACCAACCAACCGGCCUCCGGCAGCAGUCCGCAGGUUGCAUCAUCUGCGCCGACUCCGUCGUCCACCGGCGAGGCCAAGAAGAAGCGACACGAUGCGGAUAUCGUCUACUCGCAGCCGGCUAACACUGGCACCGGCAAGGAUAUCAUGACGCAGGUGCUUUUCGCAAUCGAGCACAUGAAGAACAAGGCGAUUCCGCUCAAGUUCGCCGACAUCGUGUCGUAUCUCUCGCUCCAGCACCGGGCCAACGACCAGGGAUACAUCCAGGCGCUCCGGAGUAUCCUCCGGAUGCACGAGAAGGUUAUGUACGACCCGAGCGGCGCGAACGGCGAGGGCACAUUCAGUUUCCGUCCUCCACACAACAUCCGCUCGCCGGAGCAACUGCUGCAGAAACUCCAGUCGCAGUCGACUGCGGCGGGGAUGAGUGUUCGUGAGCUUCGCGAGGGCUGGCCCAACGUCGAAGAGAACAUCAACCAGCUGGAGAAGGAAGGCAAGCUACUUGUGACGCGGAACAAGAAGGACGACCAUGCCAAGAUGGUGUGGGCCAACGAUCCGUCGCUGAUCGAGCACUUUGACGGCGAGUUCAAGCAUAUUUGGGACAAGAUCAAGAUUCCGGACUCCCAGACUGUCAAGGAAGAGCUGGAAAGGGCCGGCAUCACCCCGACCAACAAGAACAAGGUGGUCAAGCCGCGGCCCAAGAUGGAGAAUAAAAAGGUCAAGAAGCCGCGGCGCAGCGGCAAGACCACCAACACCCAUAUGAUGGGUAUCCUCAGAGAUUACUCCCACCUCAAGCGGUAG